AUGGGCAAUUUCUGUAAAAUCGAGGAAAUCGGAGGCAGGAAAUCAGUGAUUGUUUUUCUAUCAUUUACUUGUUUAUUUUCUGCUUUCUUUGGCUUUAUUUUUUUCUUUAAAUAUCUACCUUCCUUCAUAACCUUUGUUUUGUCAAUUUCUUUCUUUCUUUCUUUCUUUUAUCUUCGGGCUGUUCGUUUUGUUCUUUCUUUGGUCUGUCAAUUUCUUUCUUUCUUUGGUCUGUCAAUUUCUUUCUUUCUUUGGUCUGUCAAUUUCUUUCUUUCUUUCUUUGGUCUGUCAAUUUCUUUCUUUCAUUCUUUCUUUGGUCUGUCAAUUUCUUUCUUUCUUUGGUCUGUCAAUUUCUUUCUUUCAUUGGUCUGUCAAUUUCUUUCUUUCUUUGGUCUGUCAAUUUCUUUCUUUCAUUGGUCUGUCAAUUUCUUUCUUUCUUUCUUUGGUCUGUCAAUUUCUUUCUUUCUUUCUUUCUUUGGUCUGUCAACUUCUUUCUUUCUUUCUUUCUUUGGUCUGUCAAUUUCUUUCUUUCUUUGGUCUGUCAAUUUCUUUCUUUCUUUCUUUCUUUCUUUGGUCUGUCAAUUUCUUUCUUUCUUUCUUUCUUUCUUUGGUCUGUCAAUUUCUUUCUUUCUUUGGUCUGUCAAUUUCUUUCUUUCAUUCUUUCUUUGGUCUGUCAAUUUCUUUCUUUCUUUGGUCUGUCAAUUUCUUUCUUUCUUUCUUUCUUUCUUUGGUCUGUCAAUUUCUUUCUUUCUUUCUUUCUUUGGUCUGUCAAUUUCUUUCUUUCUUUGGUCUGUCAAUUUCUUUCUUUUUUUGGUCUGUCAAUUUCUUUCUUUCAUUCUUUCUUUGGUCUGUCAAUUUCUUUCUUUCUUUAGUCUGUCAAUUUCUUUCUUUCAUUGGUCUGUCAAUUUCUUUCUUUCAUUGGUCUGUCAAUUUCUUUCAUUCUUUCUUUGGUCUGUCAAUUUCUUUCUUUCUUUCUUUCUUUCUUUCUUUGGUCUGUCAAUUUCUUUCUUUCUUUCUUUCUUUGGUCUGUCAAUUUCUUUCUUUCUUUCUUUCUUUGGUCUGUCAAUUUCUUUCUUUCUUUGGUCUGUCAAUUUCUUUCUUUCUUUCUUUGGUCUGUCAAUUUCUUUCUUUCUUUCUUUGGUCUGUCAAUUUCUUUCUUUCUUUCUUUUUCUUUCUUUGGUCUGUCAAUUUCUUUCUUUCUUUCUUUCUUUCUUUGGUCUGUCAAUUUCUUUCUUUCUUUCUUUCUUUGGUCUGUCAAUUUCUUUCUUUCUUUGGUCUGUCAAUUUCUUUCUUUCUUUGGUCUGUCAAUUUCUUUCUUUCUUUGGUCUGUCAAUUUCUUUCUUUCUUUCUUUCUUUGAAGUUUCCUUUUCACACUUCUUUCCCUUAAUGAUUUUUCUUUUUCGAUCAUAUUUCCAUCAAUGUCUUCCAUUAUUUUUCAUUUUCUUUCUAUCGCGGUCUUUCGUUUUUCUGUCUUUAUUUUAUUGUGAUCGUUUUUUGUUCUCGAGUCUUCCUUCGAAUUUUUCUUCAUCUUUUUUUUUAGUUCCUCGCCAUUUCUUCUCUGUCACCUUAAAUAUGCUUUCCACCUAG